CUGUUUGUGUUAAUAUCAGAGAGUGUACGCCCCUUAUCAUCUUUAUUGCUGCUGCUGCAUACUUAUUGACCAGUGAGUCUUUCCUUUCCUCAAAUCACUUUCUGAGUCUCCAGACCUCCACCUGUUCACCAUACAGGAUGUUGACGUUUACGUUGUUGCUCCUGGCUUUGUCAAGUCUCCAUGCUGCCCCACUGAGGGAUGAUGUAGUGGCACCCCCUAGAGGUAGGCUUCAGGAUCGCAGGGUCCUGGUUCUGCCCCGGAGCUUCCCAGUUAGGGAUCAUGUUGUGUCAUCCCCUAGAGGUAUACUUCAGGAUCGCAAGGUCCUGGUUCUCCCAGUGGAGGAGCGCAGACAGGGAACAGAGCCCUCCAGACGCUUCCUCAUGGACCUGAACACCGGCCUCGUCAAGGAACAUAUCAACGAGAUGGACAGGAGAGUGGGACUAGUGUACACUCCUUCCUCUGUGGAUGAGUUCAGACAGGGAACCGAGAACUCCCAGAAAACUCUGGUGGACAUCAGGAGCGGACGCAUCAUCAAACCUGUCGGAGAGAUGGAGAGAAGCAUGAUAAUGACUCCUCAGGAGCCUAUGGAGGUCCCAGUCCCAGUCCAGAGGAGAGUGGGAGGAUGGGUGAGGGCUGAUGUUCUGCCCGGGAGUCUCUCAGUGGAGGAACGCAGACAGGGAACAGAGCCCUCCAGACGCUUCCUCAUGGACCUGAACACCGGCCUCGUCAAGGAACACGCCAGUGAGAUGGACAGGAGAGUGGCACCAGUGUACGUUCCUUCCUCUGUGGAUGAGUUCAGACAGGGAACCGAGAACUCCCAGAAAACUCUGGUGGACAUCAGGAGCGGACGCAUCAUCAGGCCUGUUGGAGAGAUGGAGAGAAGCAUGAAACAGAUACUUCAGGAUGAGAGAGACAGAUUACAAAAUGUGAGGCUGGUCGAGGCUGAGGUCCGGAGCGUCCCAGUGGAGGAACGUAGACAGGGAACAGAGCCCUCCAGACGAUUCAUUAUGAACCUGAACACCGGCCUAGUCAAGGAACACGUCAGCGAGAUGGACAGGAGAGUGGCACCAGUGUACACUCCUUCCUCUGUGGAUGAGUUCAAACAGGGAACCGAGAACUCCCAGAAAACUCUGAUGGACAUCAGGAGCGGACGCAUCAUCAGGCCUGUUGGAGAGAUGGAGAGAAGCAUGAAACUGACACCUCAGGAUGACAGGCUGCUGAGUGCUAAGGCUGAGACUCACUCAGAGAAAGAGUGUGUUGGUGAGGUCAUCGAUGGCCACUGCUAUCAGUUCAACCCCACACUAAUGACCUUCAGUGAGGCAGAGUCCUCCUGUAGCAUUCUCUCCCCUCACGGACACCUGGCCUCCGUAACCAACGGCGACCUGCACUCCAGCCUGGUCUCCAUGGUGACCAGGGCCACCAAGAGUUCCGUCCUCACCUGGCUGGGUGGAGUCGUGAAGGAUAAGCAGUCAGAGUGGACCGAUGGGUCCCCCUGGGGCUACAGUGACUGGAUGCCCGGUCACCCAGACACCCAGACAGACAAGCAGGCUUGUCUGGAGAUGUUCAGAAUUGAUGAGAGCUGGUGGACAGCAGUGGACUGUGAACUGAAGAGAGCUUCCAUCUGCUCCUUCCCCAUGGCAGCAUAAGAGGCCUGCACUAACUGUAGAAUUAGAAUAAGUAGAAUGGACAUUACAAUUCACUAUGAAUGGGAGUUGCCACUCGAUUGAGACCCACACAAUAGAGAAUGCUGUUCAUGUUUGGGUGCGUACAGUCUUUGCCUCUGUCUGUUAUAAGCUGUCGGUGUAGUGAAGCACUUCACUUAUCUAUUGGUAAUUACCCCCCCCUUCCCCCAUAACACAUCUGCAUCCUGUUUGUAUUAAGUUGUAUGUCCUUCUUAAAAUAAAAACAGAGCAUUUUA